AUUCAAUCGUAAACACGGCUAUGAUUUGAUUCGAGAAUAGCCGGCGGUUAUUUUCGUCGGCUAUUUAUAUUUCUGAUAUUGAGAAAUCGCCUCCAUCGCUCGCUAUGAGUGCGAAGUAUUUGAAGAAUUUCUAUGCUGUUUAUUAUAUUCUUUUGAGCACAUAUUUGUUAGAUGCCAAAGUUGCAAAACGAAGUCAGGUGGAUAAAAUUAUAGAGAAUGAAAUUACUUACAAGCUGGCUGAUGACCUCGUACAGAGUAUUGAGAAGAAGUUUAAUGUGGACUUAGAACGGUCAUUGGAUAUGGUAAUGACGAAAAUACAUCUCCUGCUGCAAAACGGGACCCAGAACACUCUUGACCGGUUUACGGAGCUGCAAACUUCUUUGGAUGACAUGAAAGUAAAGGCACCAGCUAAGGUCGACAGCUGCUUGCAACAAAAAGACAACCAAUCCACGUCACUGACAGAGAAGGCUCUGCACCAGAUGGUGGUGUGUGGGUACGCGCUGAUCGGCCAGGACCCAGUACUGGCCAUCAACAAGAUCCAUACCCUGAAGAAUAUGAUCAGAGAUGAAGUUAAACCGGUAAAGAUCAACGCUCAGAAGAAGGGGAUUUAUGAGUUGUUAAGAGUCUGCGGUCACGAGCACGAUUCUCUGAAGAAGGUCGUCAAAUGCGUCAUCUCGAAGUCACCUGCUUUAAAAUCAGUCGUGAUGUCAAUAACGGGAAAGCUGAUUGACGGUAUAGUGGAUCUGACCAAGAUGCUGGCCCACGGAGCUAUGCACGAAGCCUGUCUAAUAGAAGUACUGAAGACUGCUGAAGACGAAGCAGCAGAAAUACUGGCAGAAGUCAAAACGUGUGUUCACAGUGAUGAUUCAUUGAGACUCAAUGGGGAUAAUUCUCUUAUUGAAAAUUUAAAUAAAGGUGAUAUAAAUACGUUGAAAGACAAGGAUGAAAAUGAUGGAAAUGACGUUGAUCUAAAAAACAAAUCUAAUGUUAUUGAGGAUUCAAAAAAUAAUUUGAAUUCAACUGAUCUAUUGCAUAAAAAUACUGAUUAAAUUGCUACGUAAGUAUACUGAGUACUAAUUAAAUCUGCAUCCGAAUAUUCCACAGCCCACGUUAGAUAAGUACUCUGAUCCCGUUUAUAAUAAGAAGGAAAUUUUCAUAUAUUCCUGAAAUCAUGGAGCCAAAGAGCUUUACGUCAAACAUGAUUUAUAUUGAUAGUGUUAAUCUAAGAUCUAUAGAUCUUUACAAUUUAUGCGCUGUAAAAAGAGGCCGGGUUUACGAAAUAGUUUGCGGAGUUAUCGGCCGAUUUUGUUUACAUUGCGCGUUAUGUUUGGUUUAUCGUAAAUAUGUUUCGGGAGCGACCGUUAAUGGAUCUCGGUCGUGUUUGGAUUUUCGGAACGGGGAAAUUUCGCAUCGCGCGCCCGAGGUAUCUUUUCCUCGUUGGGAAAAUUAAAAACUGAAGUCAUAACACCAAACAAAAAA